ACGCGAUGUUACAUUCAAAAAAUGGAAGAGCCAUUAACUUUGGUCGUAAAAGGAAAUCCAUGCAUAGAGUCUUUUAAUUUUUUUUUAAUUGUUUACCACGCUUAUAAUCUGCGUAAUCAAACCAUUAUCUUUGGCAGUAGUUAAAGUCUAUAACACGUUGUAAAACUGUGAGAAUAAGUCUUUCAUCCCAUCAGCUUUCUAGCCAACCAACAAGCUCUGUCAUUGAUUGAGAGCUACUAGCGGCUAGCCUUGUCAGUGAGUGGUCUGGGUCGAUCGUCGCACUAGCCAGAGAAAGGCAAAGAAACAAUGAAUGGGGACGUGGAAUUUCCUCCUUUCAGGCCAAUAGACGAUUUUUUACUCGGGUCGGCACGGUUUUCCUGUCCAACAUUUACCGAUCCAAUUCGAUGGACAAACAGAAUUAUAGACAAUAUGCUUUAUUAUCAAGCAAAUUAUUUGUUGUUUAUGAUCGUAAUGUUCUUGAUUAUCGGAUGUUUAUAUCCUGCUCCGAUGCUGAUUGGCUUACUGGUAAUGGCAUUGGUAUUUACUGGAUUUGUGUAUGCAACGAAUAAUAGGAGAGAAUUAAUUCAAAUGAAACAGAAUCAUCCGAUGUUGAGUGUCUUAUUGAUCUUAGCCGCUGUCUACUUCUGCAUGUAUGUGUAUGGGGGUGUGUUGGUGUUUAUGAUGGGAAUACUCUUCCCCAUUGCAAUAAUUUUCAUUCACGCCUCUAUGCGUAUGCGCAAUCUAAAGAACAAGAUGGGAAAGAAGUUGGAAUCGCUAGGCCUGAAGCGUACACCUAUGGGAAUGCUGCUCUUUGAGCUAGGACUAGAAGAACAAGCACGAUCCUAAACUACGUCUCAUCAUCAUUAAAGAUAUAACAUUAAUUUUAAACUAAAAAAAAUCUUAAAACGUAAUUAUAUUUGGAUUUAAAUCAAAAUUUAAAUGAGGAAGUAUUUCUUCACCCAAUUAACAAAAUGGUAAUCCAUUAAGAGUAUUCUUGCCAGCAUUUUCUGGCGUGUAUCUAACUUAGCAAGAUAUUGAUUCAUCUACAGUAUUACAAGAUGAUCAGCUUCUUACAGUUGUUAUAGCACCCUCAACGUAAGCUUAGACCACACUAUAUUAUGCAAAAAAAUUGUGUGAUGUGCCCAAAUAUGGGCAUAUCACAUUUUUUGUCACACAAUAUUUGAUAGUGUUCACAGAGCUUUAGUCAUGCAAUGAAAAAAUUGCGACUUCCCUGUGAUCAUUUUUUUACACUAAAAUUACCAUUCCAUUAUUGUUUUUGUUUGAUUUUUGUAUAAGAAUAUAUUAAUUAACAAUUGAGGUAACUGUUAAAUAUUAAUGGGAAAAAAUAACUCAUCCAGUUGCUAACGCCAAAGAAUGAUGGGCUGAUUUCCACUGAACACAGCAACUGGACAUGGUACUUGUAUAGGCAUUUAUAAUGUGCCUCUUCCUUGAGGUUAUAAUGUGUACUUCUUUUCCCUGGUCAUUGGGUCCAUAUGCUUUAAGUGUUGCUGCUGGUAAUCAGCGCAGGAGUAGGCAACCCCACCAGGUACCCAUUUAUACUCCUGGGUGGAGAGUAGUAAUGCAGAUAAAGUGCCUUGCACAAGGACACCAGCAGAAUGCACAGCAAGGUAUUGAAACCCAGGCCUUGAUUUUGGGAAA